AUGGAUUACUAGAGUUAUUAAUAUGCUUAUAAUUCUGAAUUAGGCCAAUAGCAGGAUCCAUAUGCUGAUAGGAACUAAUAUAAUUAUCAAUAGCAAGAAUCAGAAAGAGAUAUUCUUGAAUAUUUAAGCAGUAUGGGAAUUUUUAAAAAGGUUUCUACUUUGAUAGAACCACCUUUACAAUAAACAGAAGAUCUAAAAAAAAAGUUACAUGUUUUACAACUUAGAAUCGAAUAAAAUUUCCCAUUUACUGAUACAACUUUUUCUCCAUCUGAAUCUUCUAUUUCAGAUUAAAAACUUAAUCACAAAAUAGAAUGGAAGAGACUUACAUAACUCGUCAACCAAGAUUCAUUAAGAUUUUUAAUUUAGGGAAAACCAAUUGACUUCAUUUAAAGUAGCACAAUAAUCGAAGAUAAGUAUGUAUUAAGCGCAUUAAAUAUUCUAUUGAGCAAAAUGGAUAUGAUAGUAAGAAAUUUUGAAAUCACCUAAAUAAAUAAUGCAGGAAUAUUUGGAAUUUGGGUUAACUAAGCUGGAUAGUGGGAUCUCAUGGUAUUAGAUGAUAAUUUCCCUACUAAAAAUAACUAAUAUUGCAUGGCUUAAACAAAUAAUGGUAUUUGGCUCAUGGUUUUGGAAAAAGCUUUGGCUAAAAUGUACGGAAAUUAUAUGGGUUUGAAUGGAGGUUUCACCCAUAAUGCCUUAACUGAUUUAACAGGAGCACCUACAGAAAUUAUUGAUGAUGGUACAGAAGAAGAAUGGUUUUAAUAUGUGGAUUCAUGGAUCAAGAGAGGUUUUUUGGUAUUUGCAGAAAAUGAUAUAAACACUCGAAGCUCUAGCGUACUAGAAAAUAGCGGAUAUUCAUUUAGCGUAUUGGCCAUAGAAAAUUUAGGAUAAGAAAUUAUUGUCAAACUCAAAUCUCCAAUCAAUUAACUAGUUUAUCAAGGUUAAUGGAGCAACUAGUCUUCUAAGUGGACUAGUGCACUAAGAGAUACUUAUGAUGUCAAGCCUAUUCCAAGUGAAGAUGGUACUUUUUGGAUGAGUUUAUCUGAAUUCAGAAACAUGUUCUAAUAUCUAGGAAAUUUAAGAACUCAUGAAAACUAUGUCUACAAGUGGAUUAACAUUGACCAUACAGGUAGAAAUUAAAGUAUUAUCAAAUUUACAGUAGAAUAGCAGAGUCAUAUGUAUGUUAUUCUCCAUUAGCAAGACGAAAGAAUUGCUACUAAAACCUCUCCUAACUAUGAAUAUCCUUGCACUAGAAUCAUGAUUGCAAAAGUAAAUAACAGUUAAUACUCUAAAACUUAUGAAUAUGUCGGAGCUAAUUAUCAGUCAGAGAGAGAAAUAUUUUUAGAAGAUAUUUUUUAACCAGGUGAUUAUAUCCUAACAAUCGAAGUUUAUUGGGUUUAAGCUGGUGACAGAACAUUUACUGUUAAUUUUUAUGGAGAAUCAGUGCCUACUGUGAUUUAAGAAUUAGAUACUGCAAACCUAUUAGAUAUUUAAAAAUAAAUAAUUUAACAUAUUGCUCUAAAUAACCCUAUGCCAACUCAAAAGAUACGUGACUAUUCAAAUAAUGGUGAACCAAAUAUUAAAAUUUAUAAUGAUAUAAUUGCAGGAAUGGUUUAUUUUGUAUACUAGAAUAGAGGAACAAAGAAGCUAAGGGAGAGAGUAGAAAUGGCUGAAUUAGAAAAUUUAAUCAUUUAAAAACCAUUUGAUAAUAAUAAUCAGUAUGAAGUUAUUAUAUCACCAGGGAAUGAAUAAGUAGUUGUAUAUAAAUAUAAUCCAUUUGGCGAAAAAUUCUCUUUUAAUUGCAAGAUUAAAGCUGGUUUAGAUCCUAUCAAUUAAAGUGAAGUUAAAGCAUCUGACCUUUAGAAUUCAUCUUCUGUUUAUAAUGGAUAGAAUAUGUUUAACAGCAAAGGAUUAAGAUAAUCUAAAUCUUUAAAGUUCAAUAAUAACAUGAGAAGUUCAAAGGUGCACCAAUUAGUAACUAGACAUGACACUUUAGAUGAAAAUAGAAAUUAAUAUUAAGCUAAAGAUUUGAUUUAAUUUAUGAAGGUAAAUUCAGUGCCAUCUAAAAGAAUGUGGAAGGAAUAAGAAAUUGGUGUUUAUGUCUACAAUUAUUAACACCCUGAAGGAGUAGUUAUACUAAUCCAAAAUUUGGGAGAGUAUAAAUAUGAAGAAAAAAUUAAUUUCUAACUCGAAAACUUGAGAAUUGAAAACAGCUAAGAUGAAAUUGCAAUAAGAAGAUUUGAAGUUGACUAUAACAAUAACUCAGUUUAUGUAAUGAUUGAACCUGGCAGUUUCUAAAUGAUAUUUUUAGAUUCAAUUAAAAAAGGUGAACCAUACGUUUACAAAUAAUAUUCUUUAUAUAAAUAUCAUUCUCGUUGA